GCUUCCCCGCAGCGCUCUCUGCCGCGCGCCCGCCGACCUGCCAUCUUGAACAGCACGCCUCCUGGAAGGCAGCUGCACCGCCAGAGCACGCGCGCGCGCGCCCUUGCCGCCGCCGAACGCGCUCGGCGCCUUCCCCCGUUUCUGCGCAAGGUGUCGGCGCCCGCUGCAAGUGUCACCUACAGCCCGACGUUCGACUCGAAAAAGGAACUCUUGACAGGCAGCAACGUUUGUGCCAAAGACCUCUCCUGCUCGCCACUCGUUUGUUGUUGUCAAACUGUCCACGCUCUUCCCGUCCCGACAACAGUACCUGUGCUUUGUAUGCCGCUUUCGACGCGCUUUGACGGACAGGGCAUCUUCUUUUCAUUCGCCUGUCGUUUUACUCCGGCCGUCGCUUUUGCUGCUUCUACCUCUCUGCUACGUCCAGCGUUUGUGGCCAAUCCUGUCUUUGUUGAUGCGGACAACUGCUCGGUUCGUCGCGGACAGCGCCGCUGAGAUGCUCCAGGUGCUGCACUUUCGUCCCGUGCGCUCAGGGCUACUCUUCUGUUCGUCGCUCCACAGUGAGAGUCUUCUUUUAAGAAGCCCACUCGCGAUGUCGCUAGGCAAUGGUGCUUUUCUUCUCUCUGGGUCGUUCGGAAACCCAUUCCGGCCAGCACUGCGCGAGUUCUGAGAGCCGGCUGUGGUACUCCGACCGCGAAGGGAUCAACUGCGACGUCCCCAACACGCCCUGGAUCGCCUCUACAGGCAUUCUCCAUCUCCACAGAGGUUCCGUCGGUCACCUAUGGUGCUCAACACAACGGAGAAUGUCCAGUUUGUCAGCGACGGAUGUACACACAGCAGCCUCACAUCGGUACGUCCGUUCCCGUGCGAAGAGCUCGAAAGCACAACACUGAUCUGCGGAAACCGGGGCGCGCCCGUCUACGGCGAGAGCACGUCUAAAAGCGUGCCGCCGUCGCACUGAGUGGCGACUCGAGAAGAGCAGAAAGGGGGACCGUGCAGUGAAGAUCCGAUCCUGAUAGCGCUGUGCCACUCGACUGAGCCCGUUUCUCUUGGAAUGGAGCCACGAGACUAAGCCCUCCGCCCGACCUGACUUUGCCCCGGGACGGGCGCAUCCACUGAGGCGCGGCGGCGGGUUCCGUUCGAACGCUUUAUUUUGCAGCGGGCCGACAGCACGCGGGCUGACGCGAAGACGGACGCGUGCUUCGUGGCGCCGUUGCGUAAACAGGAGCGACGUUAGCGCGUUCAGUAACCUGCGCUGCAGACGACAGCCGGCAGCAGACGGCCGGAAAGAAAAACAACAAAUCGUAUCCAAAGCAGACCCAGCCGCCGCGUCGCAGCUCGCUGUAGACGUCGAGGAAAAAUCUUCUACGAAGCGAAGCAGAGGCAGCGUUGUGCAGACGUCUGUGGGAGGCUCUCGUGGGGUGUCAGGGCAGCACGUUUUAUAUCAAAUGCGACAUUUCCAGGACAGCCGCACGCGACGUCCACGCGACAAUCAAGCGCUGUCCGCAAAUUUCGACUGCUGCUCUCGCCAUCCCACGUGCGACAAUGAAGCUCGGCGGACCCAAGACACUUGUCAAGUCGUCGCGAGUCCCUAUGUGGCCCUCGGGUACAGACGGCACUACGCAAGCUCCUCAUUCCCGUCCUUCAGCAAUAGGAAAUGACGAUCACUUCCAUCUGGAGUUCAACGCAGUGACCCGGCGGAUUUUACUAUCUCAGCGACCUCGUCUCUUUUUUUCAUAGUGGAACAUUCUGACGUGCUGCUUUCAGUGAGAUGCGUCGAAGGCGAUGCCGCGUUUGUGACCUGGUUCUUGUUCGUACCGGUGAUGGCAGUGAUGAUGAUGAUGGUGGUGGUGAUGAUGUGCGCGGUGUCCAGCAAAGAAGUUUGGUGCAUGGUUUUCCGUAAUAACUGAUGCAACCGGUGUCAUGGCGGCCGUUGGCAUAUGGUCCCAAGCCGGAACCGGUGGUCAAGAAACGCAGCUACCGCCGGAAAUUCUACACGACUAUAACUGGCAGUCCCUGCCCAAGCUGAGCAGCGAGGAUGCGACGGGCGGCUGCGAAGCGGGGCUGUCGGGCGGCGGCGGGCUCGUGUCGCCUCCUGGCGGCGGCAACUUCGAGCCCAUCCCGCACGAGCACGACCUCUGCGAGCGGGUGGUGAUCAACGUGAGCGGGCUUCGGUUCGAGACGCAGCUGCGCACCCUGCACCAGUUCCCGGACACCCUGCUGGGGGACCCGGGACGCAGGCUGCGCUACUUCGACCCGCUGCGCAACGAGUACUUCUUCGACCGCAACAGGCCCAGCUUCGACGCCAUCCUUUACUACUACCAGAGCGGCGGCCGGCUGCGGCGACCAGUGAACGUUCCCCUGGACGUGUUCGCCGAGGAGAUCAAGUUCUACGAGUUGGGCGAGGGCACCUUCAACAAGUUCCGCGAGGACGAGGGCUUCAUCAAAGAGGAGGAGCGACCGCUUCCCGGCCGCGACCUGCAGCGGCGCGUGUGGCUGCUCUUCGAGUACCCGGAGAGCUCGCAGGCCGCACGCGUGGUGGCCAUCGUGUCCGUGGUGGUCAUCCUGCUGUCCAUCGUCAUCUUCUGCCUGGAGACGCUGCCCGAGUUCAAGCACUACCGCAUGUUCCCCGCGGGCAACAACAUGACGCGCGUGGUCGAGGACGAAGUGCCCAAGCUGACCGAGCCGUUCUUCCUGAUCGAGACGUGCUGCAUCGUGUGGUUCACGUUCGAACUGUUCGUGCGUUUCUGCGCCUGCCCCUGCAAGCUGGCGUUCUUCAAAGACGUGAUGAACAGCAUCGACCUCGUCGCCAUCAUCCCGUACUUCAUCACGCUGGGCACCGUGAUCGCGCGAGAGCGCGAAGGGCCCGGGUUCCUGCCGCCGGACAAGAGCUCGAACCAGGCCAUGAGCCUGGCCAUACUGAGGGUCAUCCGGCUGGUGCGCGUCUUCCGCAUCUUCAAGCUGUCGCGCCACUCCAAGGGCCUGCAGAUCCUGGGCCGCACGCUGCGCGCCUCCAUGCGCGAGCUGGGCCUGCUCAUAUUCUUCCUCUUCAUCGGAGUCAUACUCUUCUCGUCGGCCGUCUACUACGCAGAGGCCGACUCAGACCGAUCCUACUUCAAGAGCAUCCCAGACGCGUUCUGGUGGGCCGUGGUGACAAUGACCACGGUCGGCUACGGCGACAUGCGCCCCGUCGGCGUCUGGGGCAAGAUCGUGGGCUCGCUGUGCGCCAUCGCCGGCGUGCUGACCAUCGCGCUGCCCGUGCCGGUGAUCGUGUCCAACUUCAACUACUUCUACCACCGGGAGACCGAUCAGGAGGAGAUGCAGUCGCAGAGCUUCAAUCACGUCACCAGCUGCCCCUACCUGCCCGGCACCGUGGUCGCGGCCAAGCUGAAAGGGGACACGGACUCACCGGACGACUCGGACGUCCUGGAGCUCGACGACGCCACCUCGCUAGCGCUAUUCUCGUCCUCCUCGCCUGCCGCCAACACUCAGCAGCAGGCGAACAGCACCAACAACCCGGCCUCGCUCGAGACGGACGUCUGACGGCCGAGCGUCGUCCGGGGGGCGUCCUGUCCACGGCGAGUCGCCUCGCCGACUAGCGACCACUACUGCUGCGUGGGAUCACCAGUUUGCUGAGCAAAUGGAUGGAUUAGCUCGUCGGUUGACCGGAACUGCAGACUCGUGGCAGCGGAUUCACCGCUAGAGCGAGCCUGCGAGCCGGCGGGAGGGCUCAGCCUGGCAGCGAGGUGACGUUCGCGUCGUCGAGCGGCGGUGCUUGGAUCCGUGGCCCCGCAGACCGGUCACGCCGCCUGUCGUGCCUCGCGAACGGUAGCGCCAUGUCUGCCGCUCGCAACGCCACCGCACGGCAGUCACGCUGCUCCGAGACAGCUCGGGCCGAGAGGACAAGUGCACUAGUUGUUCGUCGCCGUCGCCAUUUCUCCAUUUCUCGGCGAGGCGACGAUGGUGGCGCCGCCAGGCGCUUGCAUCCGUGCAAGAGGGGGCAGUCGAGAUGUGGAGGAGGAGCUCGUGGGCACCCGUCGGCAUUUCUUAGCCCGCAGAGCACUCCCGCUGGUGACGUCAUAGUCAUUCUCGUCAGUCAUUCACGGCAUCUUUUACUGAUGCGCCGCCAAACCUCCCACACUCGCAGUCUUUAGCAAUGCCUCAACGCGUCAUACUCAGUUUACCAUUACUUUCCCCCGAUGCUUGUUUUUUUCCUUCAGUUUAGUUUACUUCGACGAGCGCACAGUCAUCACCACCUUCAUCAGACUGACAAAUGACGCAUUAUUACGCUCAAAAGCUUGGUCGCUCAACUGCGUCGAAACACUUGGCGCCCUGCGCCACGUACACGGCUCUGCUGGCUAAAGAAAUACCGACGCGAGUUCUCCCGGAAGUGGACAGUAGCGUCCGCCUGUUGAGGCGCAUGCCCUCUUCCGGUUCGGGUGAGCACAAUCGCUUCCCUCUUCCGGAGCCACCUCGAGGCGCCACCGCCUUCGCCGAUGGCGUCAUCCCAGUGCCGCUGGCGACCUCCGUCUCCCGCCGUGCCGCCUCCGCCGCCGACAACGUUUGCCGUCCAGGCCUCCGGCGGGACCGGGCGCCAGCGAGAUCUUCGCGACGACCAUCGCCAACCGCGGUGGCGAGGCUCGCGUUUUCUUGGCGGCACGGGAUUCCGUUCGCACGCAGCCCUUCAACGCGGCGCAUGCGCCCUUGUGCGAGACCUCGGGAAAUGAGCACGCUGCUUGAAGCAGCGCUCUCUGUCGCCUAAGACCGCGUGCGACUGCAGGUCGCGAACACUGCGUAGUUGGUUGGACGCAACUUUGAAUACAAACCGGUGCAAGUGCAAGCACGCGGCUCACGAGGAGGCGCAACAACGCGCCACGAUUUCGACAGUUCAUUAGUGGAGCAACGCAUGCCUUCGAAACUCUAAAUACACAAACGUCGAUGCAAGCAGACGUGUCAAGUUCACGGCAAGGGCAGUGAGAAAUACUGAAUCUGCCCUCUCGAUGAGAUGUCGCCUGGGUUUACUUGACAGGCAAUCGCCGAUGUAGCAAAUGCCAAUGAGACUCCACUUCGAGCUAGAAGAAAUGCUGUCAGAGUCUUACGGAAACAAUGCCAACGAACAGAUCACUAAAAUGUGAACGGGACGAUCACUACCUCAGCCCCCCACUCAAUAUUUGUGCUCGUGGAGCUAACGAAAGGACGUCACGUACUACGAUGUCAUGGCCUCUCCUGCGCUUCUUGCGGUGACCUACAACAAUCAGCAUUCUCAGAAGAAAUGUCUGCUCCCUCUUUAUGUACCCAUUAGCGAUCACGCUGCACGAAUCUUUGCAGUGACUAGACCCGUCCAACUGUCAGCGUAGCAAAGGUAUGGUUACGCGAAGAGAACUGCAUUUUUAACCUAAACUUAAUCGCAUCAAAUAAGCCGAGAGUUGCACGUUUUCUACUGCCUAAUACGCAUCUUGUUCUGUCCCAAUAAAGCCCAGAAAUUGUCGGCGACUUAGAAUCAAUAAGCAUAGUGACGAUUUAAACACCACUGAGGAAACGUAGUCCGAGCCAAGUCCGCGAGUGAAGCUUUGGGUCAUCCAGAGCAGCAAUCUGUUUGCAAUUUGUCCAGCGAAGCUCUCCGGGGCGAGCAGUGAAGCGACGUUUGGGUGGCGAGGUUUCACGGCGAGGAAGGGUUCCGUGCCGCCAGGGAACGCGAGGCGCGCCGCCGUCUUCUCGACAACGAGGGCCCACGCUAUGCCUCGCCACGUGCGUCCACCCCGGCAAUGAAGAAUGGCGCCACGCUAGCCUUCUGCGCAUGCGCGGACGCUCGCAGUGCCUGUGCCCAGUGUUACCUUCUUCCGGGACGACGCGGCGGGCGUGAAUGUGUGCGUGCGGCGACGACAACCGCGGACAAACAGAAGGACAAGAGAAAGACAGUGAUCUUCAAAUUCCACCUGUACAGUACUCUUCAAGUAUGCCACAUAUACAUAUAUUAUUAUAUAAAUAUAUACACACACAAUUAUACAUAAUAUGAAAACUCAGAAAAUACGGCCCGUAGCGCCGAUACCUUUUCUCCGUUAUACAUUGCAGCCGAUUGUUGGCCGUAAGUGGGUCUGACAGGGGGCAGAUCUUCAUGUGUGCCCUCGUCUGUCUAUCUCUGAAUCCGCCAUUUCUAGCUAUUCCCCACUUCCGUGCAGUGGUUUUGCUCGGUUGCUUUUUAGGGCACUGCUUUGGCCUAGGAGCGCUAAUUGGUGCGAGCACCGCUCUCCCCGAGUGCUACUGAGACGUGUGGACGCCGACACUUGGCAGGAUGCCACGAAAAGGUGGUGGACCAACCAAAAAAGCUCUGCCGUCUGUCCAGCCAUCCCGCGUCUGGGCUGCUUGGCCGCGACGGCUCCUCAGUUACGACAACCUUGCUUAUAAGGUGGAAAUUCCAAAUUUCAUCUUAUUGCAGAAUUUCAUGUUACCAUAACUAUUGCCAGAUUCGGUUACGACGCAAUGUAGGGUAUCCGCUUUAUUCCAAGAACACAGAGACUCUGCUAACUUUCCUUUUCCGAAGUUCCGGCUGUUGACAUGAGCUUAAUUCAAUGCAAACUGUAGCCUGCAAAUGGCUUAACCACGCAAUGUGCCGCCGGAGCUAACACUUUACAAAUUGUGCAGCGUUUAAACUCCCAGAUUAUAAUGAGCGAAAAGAAAACGGGAACAAAAACUUCAGGAACAGAAUAUUCAUAACGAGUAUCCCCAAUUUAUGAAACCGCAUCGCGAUUUCAUAAAUCGGUUAACGAAAGCAAAUACAAUCACAAAAGAAUCAAAAUUCAAGCAUGAAAAAAAGGAAAACCAUGCAAAUAUGCAAGCAGACAUAGUUCACCGACAAAACCACAAUUUUACCAAGAAAUGUAAACGCAGACAAACAGUAAAAUUUUACAACUCAGUUAGGUACAUAAACUACAGCUCUACACAAUUCUUACAAACCGUUACACAACAUUGUCAGAAUAAAUCAGAAAAAAGGGCCAUAGAUAGCAUGUCUGAGCUGACGAAGCGUGUCUGAGUGAUCAAGCUAGGUCUAUAUCGUGCUUACAUAUUUUGAUAACAUUUAUUAGACCUAACGAAAAAAAUUAACAAGUCCAACCCCACGCUGUUCUUGCCGAUAAUUACGCCUUUACGCGCUGCUUAGCCGUAAAAUUGUGAAAGUUUUACACCUUUACAAAGUUCCUUCGUUUAAAGUGCGACUGACGAAAAAGAAACGUAAGGAUAAUGGGCGUGGAGAGAAAGAUAGAGACACAAAAGAAAGGCAGGGAGGAAUGGGCGGGGAAAUGGACACUACAACCAUACGGGCCGAAAGACUUGAUUCAUAUGCAGUGUAUUUGCUUACAGCCAAGCAUGAGAUUAGAUAUUGCUAAACGUUCAUUUCACCUUUAUUGUUAUCCCGAUACAAUCAAUAACUUUCGUUGCGUCUUGCGGGAGAAAAAAAGGAACAGCAACGUUAUCCUGAGCAUUUCCUGCGAGUUUCUCUGCUGCUUACAUCACCUGGAUCUGGACGGCUUCUGUAAGCGACUCAAAAGCCGUCGGCUAUCAAAUAAAAUGCUAUAUUCAAAGGGCUAAGGCGGGGGUUGUAGUUGGUUGUAGUGCUAUGGUUGGUUGUAGAUGUUCACGUUAACUGCGCUACUGAGCUACAAGAACAAACGGCAGUAAAGGGCGCACACGAUACCCAGAAAAACGCAUACUGUUUAUUCUACGCAGUUAGUAGGUAUAUAAACACUGAUAUCCGCAUGUCAUAACAUGACACGUGGUACGACACAAAACAAAUGCACAAAAAAGGACAAGCCAUCAACUGCCGGGUUAAGAGGGGAUCUAUUCGGCAAAUUCGCCCACCUAUGGUCAGCGAAGUCCCCUAUUGUCAUUGCUAUAUUUCUAUACUGUAAAAUGCUAUAUUGCCAUACAAAUGCUAAAAUGGUGACGCCUGGUGGAGGGGGAAUGACUGUUCAGACGGCAGAAGCAGACGAAAUGCUAAGCUAACUGCCGCAAAAGAAACUUCUGGAGCAGACCACGUUGUUCCUCACUCUUGCAAAGUGUCGGCCAUAACCGGUCAGUUCUCUUUCAGAGGCAUUAUUUGCCCGCUUGCACACACACGCACAUAAACACCACACCCAUGAUGUGUUGUUGACUGAAAGUUGUGAUGGUUGCGUGAUGUGUGAGCUGUUUGUUCGUUUCGCCCUGCUCCAGGUUGUUAUUUCCCGCGUAGGUCAACGCCAGUGAUAGGAACAAAGCGUACAUUUUCGAUUACAUUGAUACUCUACAAUAAUAAGCAGUGCCCAGCCAGCACGUAGGAAGAAGGCGCGAGGGGAUGCCGACACUUUGUAAGCAAAGGUGCGUUUUAGAAUCGCAUUCUCGUCCACCGCGAUUGAGCGUAUUUUUUCUAUCUGUUCCCAAGGGUUGCCCCCGAGAACACCAUUCGUCCUCCCGGAUGCUUCUGGCUUUCUUUGCUUCCUCUGGUCGUCCUACGGGAGCCUUGCAGUACGUACAUACUCAGAUAAGCGGUCGGAAUUAACACAGCAAGUUAGCUGAUCGCGAUUUGCGGCAGGCACAUAGUCCUUCCUUUCGACAAGCAAAGCCCACGACGUGGUCAACUUUGUGCGAUUUCAUUUUCCUAUUUCGUAUUUCUUUCACUGAGGUCGUUGACUUGUUUCUGAGUGCGUAUACUUAAGUAGCGAGUGACCACGGUUACAUGUACCCAAAAAUUGAGCUUUGUUGUCUGCUCAACGACAUAAUCUUGGCGUACAACGUGAUUGAUUGGAGUUGCAGACAGCCAGGUCGUCAUGAUGGCGAAGCGACAAAAUUCUUGCGCUGACUCGCCAUUAGAAACGAAAUAAUGCCGAGAAACCUUCGCCAGCCUGCUUACUUUGUCUCAAGAGAAUCGAGCGUGUAGAACUGAACAGUCAUACUAUUUUAUUCAUCGGCGCGUGUAACCUCGUAAAUUGUAAUAAUUGCUAACGCGCGAUCUGCUUCUCUCGCAGUUUUUUUUUUCUUUCACACAAACAACGUCAGCGUACAGCAUGCGGCAAGGAGUAUUUUCAACGUCAGCCGCGUCGGCAAGCCGACGGCGCACUCCUUGUGCCGCGUUUGUGAGGCAGCCCCGCUUAUAUUGGAACUCUUACGUAAGCGACUGAAUUCAGUGAGCAAGAUUCUCUUGACACAUAAACAGGUAUUCCCGCCUACGCCUAGCCGAAUCCACGCCAUAUUAUGCGGAUAAACUGAACGUACUUACGUAGGGUGGCCACCUUCAGAGACUGCGAUGGUGUUAAGCCCCUUAGGCGACUUACGCCAGCGUUCAAGGAAGGGCUUAAGCUAGUGAUCGUAGUCAUCGUAGCAUGCUCCUACCGCCCCAUUUUCUAGCUCUCCGAUUCACCUUCAAAACACUCACUCUACUCCUUGUUCAAGGGCUCUCCAGACGUAGCUCGGCGCAGUAGUUCUUUUGAAACUCCACGUAGCGUCGUAAGACAGUAAUCUUUGACGAGAAGCUUCCAAGAACAAUGUAUUAAAGUAAAAAAUACUCAUUGCUCUGCCCUGUACGAAGGUGCCUGUAUAAAAAGUGUAGUCACGCCCUGUGUAGGAGUUCUACGAAGCAUGGUUUGGACAGCCUUUCGUUGCCGUUGGUGAGCUACGUCAGCACCAGAGGACGUCCUCGCCACUGGCGUCGUCCGCGAUAGUAGGCAGUCCUAUCUUCUUCUUCUGUGUUUAUAAACUUUUCUGGUUACCGGUAAACGGCUUUUUUAAUUUCCUUUUACUGAAAGGGGAAAAGAACGAUAGAACAAGAAUACUGUUAUACUGGGAUAAUGGGUACAGCGCUCAUGAACCAAACACGAUGCAGUUUCAUCCAGCACUCUGUGUGAUGUUUCUGUGCAGACGGCCGAUUGUGCCACGAUGGGAAGUGCCACGCGGUGGCGUCGCCAGAGAAUGGUGGUUGUGCACGUCAAGGAAAGGAUCACGGAAAGCCUAUUAACGGGCGGCUACAGCACACGAAGUCCUACAGAAAGUCUGCAUCUAAAGCACUCCUAUUUCUUUUACCCUUAGUGCAAGCAUAUUAUCGCGCUGUGCAGCUUUAAUAGUUGUGAAAUCGACGAAGACACAUUCUUCGAGGAACAACGCAUGCUAAAUACAUUUUUAUAUUGCGACAACAAAACAAGACUAUCGUCAAAAUUGGCAGUGUGUUAAAACUUGGCCCUACGAAACAAUUUUAAUGACGAAUACCUAACAUCGUCCUCUUAGUCUAGCACAUAUGACACUAUAUUAUUAAUUUUGUUUUUAUUUUACACACUUCAUAACGACAAACACCUCCCAUCACCUUGACUGGCACCAAUGAUAAUUAACGACUAUUUCGAAACUUCCCAGGUGGUACUUUAAGGACGCAUUUGUUAACUACACCGCAUGUUUGCUAAAAUUAUGUGUAAUCCUAAUUUUAGAAAAUCUCGCAAGCUAAUACUCGCAUGCCCUGAGAGCUCAUUUCAUUCAAAGAAAUACUUGCCGGCUAUUUUCUUUCGUGUCACUUAUUUACUGUUCGUUGAUAUAUCGCAGUGUUCACAGAGCCAACAUAGGUUAUGCGCUCGUAACGCUUCGUUCUUCGCUUAAGAACGAGAAGCUGGUUGUGACUAGGCAAUGGAAAAUAAGUUAGCUCGUUAACGCAAACUAACGCCAUGCCUCUCCGGGGCGAUUAGCCUUGAGUAAGCACUAAGGCUUGUCUGCCCCACCCCAUUUUUUCCCCUCGUCUUGCGUCGCCCAUUUUUUGUUUUUGUUUGGGCCUGCUUUUGUAUGGCACCUCAAAGGGCCGCAUUAACGCCCUGAGAAGUGCAUAGUUGAUGCAACGUCGAUGACGUCACCAAGCAAUGAAGACCCCGUUCCCUUUAUUUUAUGCUCGAAAGCUUAAGCCUCUUGGCGCGCCAAUGCAUAACUCCGGAAACAAUAACGAGUGUAGCAAUAAUUUCUAGUCGAGCAAAGAAUCGUAGAGGCGCGCCACGUCCGCUAGCCGUGUGCCAGCAAGUGGCCCCGAGCAACCCUUGGGCCGCAGUGUCCACUGCUGAGAGAAUGUAAUCGUGCCGUGUAAGCGCCGUGGUGCCCUGUCGCACUACCAUUCUAUGGGACCCACGAGGUAGGCGCAAGCGGCGUCCUCCGCAUAGAGCCACGAAAUGCCCACAUACGAAAACACGGUUGUGACUGACCCCCUUGCUCAGCAGCAGAAAGACAAAAGCAAGCUGUUUGCCAUCAUUUUUGUUGGUUAGCUAGGGCUUCGGGUUGUGAUAGUCCCUAAAACGAGGUUCCACAUUUGAUGAGCAUGGUCUAGGCGAGCGCAGCUGUCUUUAAGAUCCGCCACAUAAAAGUCUUCUCGCUUUUCAGUAAACAAAUCAUGGUCAUAUGACAAAAGCAGCUGUGACGCAGUCCCACUCGGAUGGCCUGCAUUUGACCGCGUUUGUGCAGCAGACACUGUCGAGGCCUGUUUACGCUGCGACAUCUUGGGCGCUCUCGCGGCGGUGGCCGAACACGUUUGGAAUGCGCUUCUUGAAUUUCUCACUAUACUGCGACGCGCGAGCACAUGGCUUGUACCCUUGACGGCGAUGCUACGGGUAGCUGACACAUUUGACGCGCGGUGGUGCACCGACAGCAUGUGGUCCUACCUCGGCGCUGCGGCGGCACAAGUUUUCUUCACCGAUCGUGCUUUGUUCCGCCGAGCGCGCCCAGCGUGUCGCGGUGCGCUGUCGCGCCAGUUUUUGGCUGAACAACGUCGAUCAUUUCCAAGAUGCGUGACCACGCACCCACGUGCGCCUCGUCUUCGCACCUUUUAGUUAGUUUUCAUCCACCCUUCAAGCUUGCGCUUUCUUUUUGUUUCUUUAUUUGUGUGUGUGUGCGUGGUCACUUUGUCAUACGCCCGCUGCGCCAAAUUGCACCCAAUCCCGUGACCAAUGCAACGUUGUUCACACUUCCUCACUGGUAUUGAUUGCUUUACUAAUCUGUCUUCUUCUUUGGUAUUUUUAACGGAGAAAUAGCAGUUGCCGAGUGGCAGCGACUUACACUGAGAACAAUGUGUCUGCCCAAACAAUUUAUACUGUUUACGUAAAUGGCGCAAGUUCAUUGCUUACAAACACCGGGUGCACGCAGCACAAGACACGCCCUUGAGAUGUGCCGAUUCGUCAGAUUUGUCGCCUCGUUCGGUUCUCCAGUUUGAGCAAUCGUCUCCAGGAAAGUGAUUUUGGUGAGCGAAAAAAAAAAAACGGAGCAAGAUUCAGUGAGCGUACAUAGUGGUUUUUACUCUGCUGGGACACCAAAAAAAAAAAAAAUAGAACAUAUGUAUAAAUAAGAAUGCAAGUUGUUCGCUGUUUUCAGGUUGUCCUUCUAAUUGUGUCGCUUCUGAUCGCGAGACAUUCUGGCGAGCCUCUGUGGCCUGACGAAGGCUUCGUGGCGAAAAUGCUCCGCUGUUAAGUUUAGCUGUUUGAGGAGUCCUUUUUUGUCUGUUUACGGCGUACAAAGUGACUUCUGCUUGCUGCUACUAAAUGCGAGCGUAUUAAAGUACCUUCUUGUCUUGUA